CCUCCGAUCUUCACAACAUUCUGAGGAUCGGAGAGGGUCAAUCAAUUCCUUUGUGACCUUCUCCGUUUAGUAUUACUCACAAACUCUUUUCCAAAAAUGGGAGAGACUAAGAGCAAGAACAUGACCAUCAUCGGCGUGAGUUCUUUGAUCCUUGUAGCUAUGGUGUUGGCCCUCGCGUUCGGCGGCCAAGAAACCAGCGAGACCGAAGAGGAAGGUAACAUCGCUACGUCCCAGAAAGCCAUUGAAUCGGUAUGCCAGCCUACUGAUUACAAACAAACUUGCGUCAACAGCCUCUCCAAAUCAGACGCCGGCAACUCAACGGACCCCAAAGUGCUCAUCCAAGCCGCGUUUAACGUCACCAUUGCCGACAUUCGCCGCGCCAUUCACAACUCCACGCUUUUGCGCAAUCUCAACGACGAUAAGAGGUCGAAGAUGGCGUUGCAGACCUGCAAGGAGCUCGCCGGCCGUGCCGUGUCGGACCUUAAAAGGACCAUUGCCAAGUUCCGAACCUUCGACCUCAUGGACGAUAUGGAUAUCUGGCUGGCGGAUCUCAAGACGUGGAUCAGCGGGGCUUUGACGUAUCAGGAAACGUGCCUCUCGGGGUUCCAAGAAAUUCCGGGACAUGAAGAGGAAAUGGUGAGGGAGGUUUUGACGGAAUCCAUGGAACUCACCAGCAACGCCUUGGCGAUUGUGACUGAAAUGUCUUCCCUCAGGUCGGAAACCGAAGCUCCGGCGCCCAUUUCAGAAUCCAUUACCGGCAAACGUCGUCUUCUCUCCAAACCGGCCUUAUUCCCUUACUGGGUCAGCUCAGGAAACCGUAGGCUUCUUAAAGUAUCCCUGAAGGAGAUGAAACCAGAUCUUGUGGUCGCAAAAGAUGGGUCCGGGAACCACACGAGCAUCAACGACGCCUUGCAGGGAAUCCCCAGGAAGAGCAACGAUACUUUUGUGUUGUACAUUAAAGAAGGCGUUUAUGAAGAGCAGGUUACGUUUUACCGUAAUUUAACUAAUUUGGUUGUUGUGGGUGACGGUCCGACCAAGACGAAAAUCACGGGGUGGUUGAAUUUCAUUGACGGGGUUUCCACGUUCCACACCGCCACCGUCGUGGUUCUCGGCGACUUUUUCAUGGCGAAGGAUAUCGGGUUCGAGAACUCCGCCGGGCCGGAAAAGCACCAGGCGGUGGCGUUGAGGGUGGGGGCGGAUAAAUCCAUUUUUUACAACUGUAGAAUGGAUGGGUAUCAAGAUACGGUGUACGCCCACACCUACCGCCAAUUCUACCGGAACUGUGAAAUCUCCGGCACCAUAGAUUUCAUCUUCGGCGACAGUGCGGCGGUGUUACAGAACUGCACCAUUGUGGUCCGGAAACCGAUGGAGAAACAGCAGAAUAUUGUGACGGCGCAGGGGCGGAAGGAUCCGCACCAGCCCACCGGGCUGAUCCUCCAAAACUGUACAAUUAAGGCUGACCCGGAUUAUGAUCCGGUCAGAUUCAAGAUCAAAUCCUAUCUGGGUCGGCCAUGGAAAGAGUACUCAAGAACCAUAAUCAUGGAAUCUUUCAUCCCGGAUUUUAUCCAGCCGGAGGGGUGGUUGCCAUGGAAGCUGGAUUUCGCGCUCAAAACCCUCUUUUACUCGGAGUUCAAUAACAGAGGGCCGGGGGCUUCUAAAACAAAGAGAGUUAAAUGGCACGGAAUCAAGGAACUCCCCACCCACAUAAUCAAACGAUUCACUCCGGCGAAAUUCAUCACCGGCAAAUCUUGGAUUAAGCACUCCGGGGUCCCGUACAAUCCCGCCUUCAUAUACCCGCCACCCAAGAAAGACAAAACCGUCAAAUACUCCGACGUAGACGACGAUGAUUUCAAGGAUUUAGGGUCUAAAGAAAUGGAGGCUUAUGUUUCUCGUCCACCUUCAAUUGCCGUUUCUCCGGUUGGGGCUCCGGCUCCGGCGCCUACAAACGCUCCGGUUUCCUGAUGGGAUGAGAUUCGGCUACUCCGAUGAUUCGUGUAUAGUGUAACUCCUUGUUACGUUCAAUGUGGCGUAUGAAUAUAACCCACGAUGGCGUUGUUAGCACUUAGCAGUUGUUCCGUAGCUUUAUAAGUGGAGAUGGCUUCUGUUAGUUUUAUGAUCUAUAGGCUAGAGGUUGGACCAACAUA